UGCCUUUCAGAGUCCCUGUUUACUGCUAAAGUGUUGGGAAUAGCCAUGAAAUUACUACCCGGGUCCAUUUCCUGCCUAUUAUUUUUACUGCUAUUGGUGGAACUUCCCAUCUUAGCAACGUCUCAUCCAACCCCCAUGAGACCUCACAAAGACGGUCUGACGAAGCUGUUUCAAAAGAUGCGUCGACUGAUACAUAUAGUGCACGGGGUCGUGCAGCAUCAUGACGGUUUACCCGGUUUACCCUUAGUGCAGAACCUUACCUCUCUACCUGCCUUAAACUUCAGGCCAAAAGACCUAGCAGCAGUGGAGGCAAACAGCACCCUAUCCAAGCUCUCUUUUGGCCUCCACUCUUUCAAGCUGCACUUUGACUGGCUGCUUUACUGGCACACUGAAUCCGGUCUGGUGUCGAAUAGAAUCAAGGAAAUUGCUGAUGAAAUCCAGUCUGUCAUCAUUCUUGCACAAAAACAGACGAAUUCACCUGCACCAGACACAGUUCUCUCCCUCCCUCCUCUUAAAUCUGCCUGGGAAAUACACAUGACAUCUACAGCAAUUUCCAGGAGACUUCAGGAUUUCUGUAGCUGGUAUUCUAGAGCUCUACUGGUCCUCAUGUCUGCAAAAAACUGA